UUGUGGUAACCCCAUUUUUCUCUAAAUAAAUUUUAUUAAGACGGUCUAGCUUCCGUGAACAUAUCGACUUGCAAAGAGAAACAAAAGGGUGUAAUGCUUAUUUCUUUCAUACAACAAUAUCAUGCAAACCUAAGAGUCUGACAUCUGUCGCGCUGCAUUCCACGCGUCUAACUCCUCUCCCCUUUACAUACUCCCUGCUUCGUCUAGUUAAUUCAUCACCAUCCCUAAUUAAUCGUACAAUCGUACACCAAGUCAUCACCGUCAAUGGCGGAGCAUCAACAGCAGCAUUAUGGCUACCAACAACAUCAGCAGCACCACCCUACGGACACCUACAAGGGCCGAUUCCAGCAAAACGGCAGCCAAUCUACUUCAAAAGUCCUAGCAGUCCUCACUCUCUUUCCCAUCGGAGGAAUCUGCCUCCUCCUUGCUGGUCUCACUCUCACCGGAACUCUUAUCGGUCUCGGCGUCGCCACCCCACUUUUUGUGAUUUUCAGCCCGAUCCUAGUCCCGGCGGCGCUGACCAUCGGGUUGGCGGUCACGGGAUUCCUAGCGUCGGGAGCUUUUGGAAUCACGGCGCUGUCUUCCCUGACCUACAUAGUGAACUACUUUAGGAGGAUGAGUGGCGGCGGUGUUGGCGGUGGCGCGUCGAUGCAAGAUCCAUUGGAUUACGCAAAAAGGAGAGCUCAGGACACGGCUGGAUAUGUGGGUCAGAAAAUGAAGGAUGUUGGUCAGAGGACUCAAGAGGCUGCUAGGUCCUGAUCAACCCUGUGUCGUUGGUUCUUCUCAAGCUCCGUAUAAUCUAUGAGAUUUCUUUCUAUCAACGGGUCUAUAGUUAAAAUGUGUCUGUAGAUUCUAGAGUUUUCACUUGCUGUUUUCGAGUUGAUGUUGUUGAUGUUGCUUUUAUGCAGAGUUGAAUAAAAUAAUAAUAUUGUGGUUGUUUUUUGUA